UCUCUAUAUGGCCGGUCAGCUGGUGGCUCUUUUGUUAUCUGGUUCACAUCAUGGCCAACAUGAAACCCACCGUCACAUAACAGCGAGCUUCUCCUUCCACCGAGCUACAGCUGCUGCUCACGAGGCGCGCCGGUCUGCUCAGAACCAAUCAUCAAUAAAGUUCCGUUCAGGGAAACAAAGCGCACGAGGCUCCUGCCGGUGAUGAGUUAAUUGGAAAGAAGCGUCGGUUACAGGAGAGGAGGAGGCGCUGCCCCGGUCACCUGAAGCACAGAGGGGGGGACACAGCGGACAGGAUGAGCGAGGAUCCGAGGAAAAGGAGCAGCAGCAGCGGAGGAGAAGGUGGUGGUGGUGGUGGUGGAGGUGGAGGAGCAGCUCACCCGGAGCCGCCCGGGUCUCCUUGUGAUGAGGGCAAUGACGCAGGUGGAAGCUCCGGGGUGGCUCUGAAGAAACAGAUCGGCCUGGUCAGCGCCUGUGGCAUCAUAGUGGGAAACAUCAUUGGAUCGGGGAUCUUUGUGAGUCCUAAGGGCGUCCUGGAGAAUGCCAGCUCAGUGGGCGUGGCCCUGAUCGUGUGGGUCUCCACUGGAGUCAUCACGGCUAUUGGUGCUCUCUGCUAUGCCGAAUUAGGUGUGACCAUCCCCAAGUCUGGGGGAGACUACUCCUAUGUCAAAGACAUAUUUGGAGGACUGGCUGGGUUUCUGCGUCUGUGGAUUGCGGUGUUAGUUAUUUACCCCAGUAACCAGGCUGUGAUUGCUCUCACCUUCUCCAACUACAUCAUGCAGCCUCUCUUCCCCUCCUGCUUCCCCCCAGAGAGCGGCCUCCGUCUGCUGGCUGCAGUCUGCCUCUUGUUUUUGACCUGGGUGAACUGCCACAGUGUGCGCUGGGCCACAUGUGUACAAGACGUCUUCACCACUGGCAAGCUCCUGGCCCUGGGCCUCAUCAUCAUCAUGGGUGUUGUCCAAAUUUGCAAAGGUCACUAUUACUGGUUGGAGCCAGUUCAUGCCUUUGAGACCUUCCGUGACUAUGAUGUCGGUCUGAUAGCUCUGUCCUUCCUGCAAGGCUCGUUUGCAUAUGGAGGCUGGAACUUCCUCAACUAUGUCACAGAGGAGCUGGUCGACCCAUACAGGAAUCUCCCUCGUGCCAUCUUCAUCUCUAUCCCUGUGGUCACGUUUGUUUAUGUCUUUGCCAACGUGGCGUACGUCACAGCCAUGAGCCCCCAGGAGCUGCUGGCCUCUAAUGCUGUAGCAGUGACAUUUGGAGACAAAUUGCUAGGAGUGAUGUCAUGGAUCAUGCCCAUCUCCGUGGCACUCUCCACCUUCGGGGGAGUCAACGGCUCGCUCUUCACGUCAUCGCGGCUGUUCUUUGCAGGAGCGAGGGAAGGCCAUCUCCCACGUCUGCUGGCCAUGAUUCAUGUCACACGCUGCACUCCUAUUCCAGCCUUAGUGUUCACUUCGGUCUCGUCUCUGAUGAUGUUGUGCACCAGCGACAUUUACACCCUCAUAAACUACGUGGGCUUCAUCAACUACCUCUUCUAUGGCGUCACUGUUGCUGGGCAGAUCGUGCUGCGCAUCAAACAGCCUGACAUGUAUCGACCCAUCAAGGUGAGCCUUGUCUGGCCGGUGAUCUACCUGCUGUUCUGGGCCUUCCUGCUGGUCUUCUCUCUCUACUCUGAGCCUCUGGUCUGUGGUAUUGGCCUGGCCAUCAUGAUGACUGGGAUCCCUGUGUAUUUCUUGGGAGUCUACUGGGAAAACAAGCCACAGUGUUUUGAUACUAUUAUUGGUAAAAUGACUCUUCUGUGCCAAAAGCUCUGCUCAGUUGUCUAUCCAGACAUGGGGAAGAGCCCGGAGCCCCCUGUGGUGCCAAAUAAAGCGGAAGCUGGGGAAGAUUGACAAGACCCUCAAACGGCUUAUUCAACAUGUGCAGAGACACGUCCUCUUUAUACUCAGAUGUGGAUUAAAGGUGGAGGAAAAGACGCCUGGAGGACGAGAUCUAGGAGAACGAGUGUACUUUGUCACUUGAUGAAAACGUUAGCACUGAAUAUGUUCUACAGCACUGGACUUUAUUACCCUGUCAUUGACUUACCUGGGUGUUUCAGAUGAAAUAUCAUAUUGAAGUUAUGAAUCACCUAUUUUUGUCAUCGUUGUAAUUAAACAAUUUCCACUCUGUUUUG